ACCUGAUAACCUUAGACCGGAGGGUGAGUUUGAGGAUCGUCCGCGCGAGGAAGCACCUAAAGGAGAGAAAGCAACUCCAUACAAGUACCGGGAUAACUUAAAGCCUGAAGGCGAGUUCGUAGGAAAACCAGCUGAAGAGGCUCCAAAGGGUGAGAGGGCUCCUGUCGUAAAAAGACCCGACAAUCUCAGACCCGAGGGUGACUUUGAGGGCCGUCCUCGUGAAGAAGCACCGCGUGGUCAGAGGGCCGUCCCGUAUAAGUACAACGACAAUCUAAGACCAGAGGGAGAGUUCGUUGGAAAACCAACAGAAGAGGCCCCGAAGGGUGAGCGAGCUCCUGUCGUAAAACGACCUGAUAACCUUAGACCGGAGGGUGCUUUUGAGGAUCGUCCGCGCGAUGAAGCACCCAAAGGGGAGAAGGCAACUCCCUACAAGUACAGGGAUAAUUUAAAGCCUGAGGGGGAGUUCACUGGCAAGCAGCCAGCGGACGUCCCGAAAGGAGAAAGGGCUCCGGUCGUCAAACGGGCGGAUAACCUCACAGUGGAAGGUGAGUUUACAGAUACGAGAGAGCGAACAGCAGUGACCCGCGGUGAGAGGGCCGAAGUCAUUCGCCGUGAGGACAAUCUGAGGAUGGAAGGCAACUUUGAGGACACGAGAGAAAUCACCACCGUCACCCGAGGAGAACGCGCGGACAUCGUGCGUCGAGAGGACAACCUGCGCAUGGAAGGACAAUUCGAAGACCGGCCGAAGGGGGAUGCGCCAAAGGGCGAGAAGGUCAAGCCGAUCAAGCAUAGCGACAACCUUAGGCCGGAGGGCGAUUUCACGGGCAGGCGUCCCGAUGAAGCACCGAAAGGCGAAAGGGCCCCUGUCGUUAAGAGAUCUGACAACCUUGUUAUGGAGGGCGACUUCGUGGAUACGCGAGAGAAGCACACGCCGGGACGAGGAGACCGCGCGCCGGUAGUGAAGCACCCGGACCACCUGAAGAUGGAUGGCAAGUUCGAGGACAGGCCAGUCAAGGAAGCGCCCAAGGGUGAACGGGCACCGGUCGUCAAACACCCAGAUCAUCUCAAGCCCGAAGGAGAGUUCGCCGGAAAGCCGACAGAAGAGGCCCCCAGAGGUGAGAGGGCCCCUGUUGUUAAGCGAGCGGACAAUCUCGCUAUGGAAGGCGAAUUCGUGGACACCAGAGAGAAGACAACGAUCUACCGUGGGGAGAGAGCCGACAUUGUUCGUCGUGAGGACAAUUUGAGGACCGAGGGACGUUUCGAGGACACCAGAGAGCGUACCACGGUGACACGGGGCGAGCGAGCGGACAUUGUACGCAGAGAGGACAACCUCCGCAUGGAAGGUACAUUCGAAGACCGUCCGAAGGAAGGUGCGCCCAGAGGAGAGAAAGUUAAGCCGAUUAAGCAUGGCGAUAACCUUUAUCCUGAGGGUGAGUUCACCGAUCGUCCAAGCGACUCUGCUCCGAAGGGUGAGAGAGCCGCUGUUGUGAAGCACGCCGACAAUCUGACAAUGGAGGGCGAGUUCGUCGACACCAGGGAGAGGACCAGCGUGACACGCGGAGAGAGGGCGGACAUUGUGCGUCGUGAGGAUAAUCUGCGAAUGGAAGGACGCUUCGAGGACACCCGAGAUCUGACUACGGUCACGCGAGGCGAGCGAGCUGAGAUCGUCCGACGUGAGGACAACCUGAGGACCGAGGGGCGGUUUGAGGACACGAGAGAGUACACGGCCGUGACGCGGGGUGAACGCGCGGAAAUUGUUCGCAGGGAGGACAAUCUGCGAAUGGAGGGUCAAUUUGAAGCCCGCCCUCGGGAGGGUGCUCCAAGGGGUGAGAAGGUGAAGCCCGUCAAACAUCACGACAACCUCAAGCCAGAAGGCGACUUCACGGGUAAACCCAAAGAUGAUGUGCCGAAAGGGGAGAGGGCGCCAGUGGUGAAACACCCGGACCACCUCAAGAUGGAAGGAGAUUUCAUUGAUGGCAGGGACCGGCACUCGCCCGGCAAGGGGCAGCGCGCCCCCAUCGUGAAGCACCCAGAUCACCUGAAGAUGGAGGGUGACUUCUACGAUCGUCCCGAUGGGGAGGCACCGAAGGGAGUGCGUGCGCCUGUCGUUAAACACCCGGAUCAUCUGAAGAUGGAGGGCGACUUCACAGACGGCAGAGAUCGGCACUCGCCCGGCAGGGGACAGCGUGCUCCGAUCGUUAAGCAUCCAGAUCAUUUGAAGAUGGAGGGCGACUUCUAUGACCGCCCGGACAAGAAAGCGCCGACGGGUGUACGUGCACCUGUUGUUAAGCACCCGGAUCACCUGAAGAUGGAAGGCGAAUUCACUGACGGUCGCGAUCGGCAUUCUCCCGGCCGGGGACAGCGUGCCCCUAUUGUACAGCACCCGGAUCACUUGAAGAUGGAGGGCGACUUCUACGAUCGUCCCGACAAGAAAGCGCCGAAAGGUGUGCGAGCGCCUGUCGUCAAGCAUCCGGACCAUCUAAAGAUGGAGGGCGAGUUCACAGACGGCAGGGAUCGGCACUCGCCCGGCAGGGGACAGCGUGCUCCGAUCGUACAGCACCCGGACCAUCUCAAGAUGGAGGGAGACUUCUCUGAUCGUCCGGACAAGGAAGCUCCGAAGGGUGUGCGAGCACCAGUCGUCAAACAUCCGGACCAUCUGAAGAUGGAGGGCGAGUUCACAGACGGCAGGGAUCGGCACUCCCCCGGCAGGGGACAGCGUGCUCCGAUCGUACAGCACCCGGACCAUCUCAAGGUAGAGGGAAAGUUUACUGACACUCGUGAUCGUACGACAGUGACGCACGGGGAAAGGGCCGACGUUGUUCGUAGAGAGGACAAUCUUCGCAUGGAGGGUCGGUUUGAGGACACCAGGGAACAGACCGUUGUAACUCGUGGCGAACGAGCCGAAAUCGUACGCAGAGAAGACAAUCUCCGCACAGACGGCAAGUUCGAGGACACUCGCCAACACUCUGCGGUUACACGGGGAGAGCGAGCAGACAUCGUUCGUCGGGAGGACAAUCUCCGCAUGGAGGGCAAGUUCGAGGACACCCGUCAACGCUCUACGGUUACGCAUGGCGAGCGAGCCGACAUCGUUCGCCGGGAGGACAAUCUCCGCAUGGAGGGCAAGUUCGAGGACACUCGCCAACACUCUGCGGUUACACGGGGAGAGCGAGCCGACAUCGUUCGUCGGGAGGACAAUCUCCGCAUGGACGGCAAGUUCGAGGACACUCGUCAACACUCUACGGUUACACAUGGAGAGCGAGCCGACAUCGUUCGCCGGGAGGACAAUCUCCGCAUGGAGGGCAAAUUUGAGGACACCCGUCAACUCUCAACGGUUACCCGCGGGGAGCGAGCCGACAUCGUUCGCCGAGAAGAUACACUCCGCAUGGAGGGCAAGUUCGAGGGCCGGCCGCGCGGAGAGGCGCCGGCUGGCGAGCGGGCGCCCGUGGUGCGCCAUCCGGACCACCUGCGCAUGGAAGGCAAGUUCGAGAGCGGCCGCGAGAUGGUGACGGUGAUGCGGGGCGAGCGGGCGGAGAUCGUACGGCGCAGCGACAACCUGCGCAUGGAGGGCGACUUCAGCGGCCGGCCGCAGCAGCAGGCGCCCGUCGGAGACCGCUUCCCCGUGAAGAAGCACUCGGACAACCUCCGGAUGGACGGCAAGUUCACCGAUGGGCGGCAGCAGACGACCGUCGGUCAGGGCGAGCGGGCCUCCAUAGUGAGACGCGAGGACAACCUGCGGCUGGAGGGCAAGUUCGAAGAUUCCCGGCGGCAGACGACCGUGAUGUCAGGCGAGCGAGCCGAGAUCGUACGGCGCUCCGACAACCUGACGGUUGGCGGCGGCGACUUCAGCGCGCCGCGCGCGCCGGCCGCGCCAGCCGCCGGCGAGCGCGCGCCAGUCGUCCGGCCCCAAGACAACCUGCGCUCCGAGGGACAGUUCUCCGACACGCGCCAGCGGACGGUCGUGAGCCGCGGAGAGCGCGCCGAGGUGCGCCGCCACCAGGACACGCUCAAGAUGGAGGGCGAGUUUGUGGGCCGCACUGAGCAGCGGCACUCCCAGCACACGGUGCAGCAGCGCGAGGUUCGCGCGGCCGGCUCCCCCGGAGCCGUUCCCACCAGCCAGAACGACUUCAUGCCGUUUAAAACGGUGAACAAGCAAGUGGGCCAGUCGACACAGCAGACGUCUGCAGUUCAGCAGUCUACCAGCCAGCAGCAGACCGCCUCUAGCUCCACCACUGCCGUACGCUCGGAGCAGCAGUCGGCGUCCACCAGUCACAUGGAGCAGCGAAAAAUGUCGUCCGCCGUGUCGGAGCAGCGCAAGACGUCGUCCGCUGUGUCGGAGCAGCGUUCGACUGCCGCCCAGCAGUCGGAGCAGCGCAAGAUGGCCAGUCAGACCGCGCAGCAGAAGAUCUCCAGCCAGUCAGAGCAGCGUGCCAUGUCGACCAGCGAACAACGCACCAUGUCGGCCAGCGAGCAGCGCACCAUGUCGGCCAGCGAGCAGCGCACCAUGUCGGCCAGCGAGCAGCGCGCCAGCUCGGCCACACAGUCGCAGACGGUCACGAGCAGCGUGGGCCGCUCGGAGAACGCGCGCCAGAUCCGCGACUCGUCGGCGCACCGGCGCGCCACGCGCCAGAACACGUGGACCCGCGAGGACGGAGAGCGCGCCAAGGCCGUGCGCCAGGCGGACAACCUCCAGCUGGAGGGCUCGCACAGCUUCGAGACGAGCUCGGGCCGGCGCGGCCAGCGCCGCCUGGCGCCCGAGAACCAGCCAGUGGCCGGGCAGCGCUCUGGUGGCGUCCUGGUGUCGCCGGUCACCCAGGAAACGAAGCGCUCCGUCAGUGACCAGAAGUUCGUCGGCUCGCUGCGCAAGGAGGAGGAGAACGUAAAGAAGUGGGCGGCCAACACGCAGCAGCGCAGUACCGUGAGUAGCGCCGCGAGCAGCGCCGUGCAGCAGCAGACCACCAGCAGCGCGACGCAGCAGCAGCGCACCGAGUCGCGCACGGUGCAGCAGUCUGAGCGAGGUCGCUCCGUGCGCUCGUCCACCCAGUCCGGCGGCAUCUUCCACGGCGACUACGACGUGUUCAAGGACAAGUCGAUUAAGAAGAACCAGUCGUACGCCACGUACAAGCCGUGUCCGGCUUCCACGGUCGACUCACCACUCUCCGGCCUGCGCGUGGUGAAGCAGACGCAUGACCACAAGUACUACAUGCCGAAAGUGAGCGACUAG